AUGGCUACCCGAGCUUUCAUUCGUGGGGAAAGGGGAGCGGAUGGGAAGAACGCAAAAGUGACGGAUGAUAUUGGUGAGACGAGGGGAAAUAGCAGGGCUAUGGAAGGUGCAAGCAAAGAGGGGGCCCGAGUCUUGAAUCAAGUCUUGCUUGCGCUAUUUCCGUGCGAGCAGCGAGUUGCGAUCGCGAUUGACGGGGGCCAAGAGAGGGAGAGAUGUGCGAGACCUCUAUAUGAUCAUAAGGCCCAGGGAGCGAGAAACAGAGCAGAGGUUUGUGCGUCCGCAGCGUAUCGCUGGGAAAGGUGCGUUGGUAUAGUCAAGGUUUUUGCUGGGGUCAGUACGCCGCGGACGAAGAAGAAUUUGAAGUCUCGUUUUAGAUGUGCCCGCCCGCCAGGGCAGUGA